ACGCAACAUCCGGAAUAACUUCCUCAUGUUGUAAGCAGCUGUAACGAAUUGACACAGUAGGUAUACGAUUUCAUCAUUUAAUAAAACGUUAAGAAAACUCACAAUGGACGACCGUGAGUUAGACCUGACAGCGGAACAAAAAGCCACAAAGUCAAAAUACCCUCCAAUCAACAAGAAAUAUGAAUACCUGGAUCACACAGCAGAUGUUCAAAUUCACUCCUGGGGAAACUCUCUGGAGGAAGCCUUUGAGCAGUGUGCCAUGGGCAUGUUCGGCUACAUGACCGAUACAGAGACGGUGGAACCAAUUGAUACAGUUGAAGUGGAGUCAGAGGGUGACGACAUGGAAUCUCUUCUUUUCCACUUCCUAGACGACUGGUUGUACAAGUUCUGUGCAGAUCUCUUCUUUGUUCCCAGGGAAGUCAAAGUUGUGCACAUAGACAGAAUACACUUCAAGAUUCGCUCCAUUGGUUGGGGUGAAGAAUUCUCUCUGGCUAAACAUCCACAGGGAACUGAGGUGAAAGCCAUCACUUACUCCGCAAUGCAGAUCCAUGAUACAGAAAAGCCGGAGAUCUUCACCAUUAUUGAUAUCUAAAGAUAACUCCAGAAGCAGACCAACUACCUGGUUCAAUGAACUAGAACUGGUAUAUCUACAGGGCCAAUUUAAGUGGUCUUGUUUUUACUAUUGCACUGACUUUUGAUUUAUGUACGAAGCGGAUUUUCUUCUUGAAGGUUGAAUUGUUAAUUCACAGAAGCAUGUCCCCUAGUUUCUCAGGAUUAUGGUGUACUACAAUACGAAAGAUCUCUGAGAAGUACGGAUCGAUGAUAUGACGAUGAUAUCUCACAAAUUACAUAAUUUCAAGAGUCACAAAACCUUUCAACAGAAAUGAGACUUGCAGUACUGGAAAUAAUACAAUAUGGAACAACACUGCAUAGGGAAAAAACUGAAACAUUUUCUUAAAGUAAUAUGGAAAUUUAAACAUAUUUUUUUAUUUCACAUAAAUCAGCCUCUUUUAUUUUUGUUGGUGUUUUUUUUUAUAACACAUUUGAAAUUGUACUGAUCUGAUGCCUUUAUCGCUGUAAAUGAAUCAAAGAAUGUCUAUUUUUUGCUGUGGGAUAAAAUAAAUAAUACCUUGAAUA